AGCGCAUUUCACUUUUGUUUGCUUACGCAGAGAGGAAAGAAGGGUUGUUUGUGUUUUGUGCCGUAUCUAGUUUGCCACAAAAAAGAAACGUAAUGUAAUUACUCGCUUGCAAGUGAGCUCGAGUCAUAGCAUUACAAAAGAUCGUUACAAUUUAUCAUGGAGCUGCAAAUUCACCAAACUGUCGACAGAUCAACAACUUCUGAAUAAUAAGAUAUAGCAACUGGGCUUCUUCCGCCGUGAAAGUCGUUAACGGCGAUGGGGAUUAACAUUUGAACAUUGGCUGUAUAAUUUAAAGGAGACUGUUUCACAAACACGCUGUAUGGCUUUCAUAAUGAUGAAGAAAAAGAAAUUCAAGUUUAAAGUCGAUUUUGAGCUGGACGAGCUGUCCUCUGUUCCCUUUGUCAACGGAGUUCUGUUCUGUAAAAUCAGGCUUCUGGAUGGUGGCUUCACAGAAGAGUCGUCCAGGGAGGUGGUACAAGCUAACUGCGUUCGCUGGAGGAACAUGUUCUCGUUUCUGUGUAAAAUGAGUGCCAGCGCCAGUACCGGAGUGUUAGACCCCUGUGUCUGCAGGGUAUCAGUGCGAAAGGAAAUGAAAGGAGGAAAGACAUAUGCAAAGCUUGGGUUUGCUGACCUGAAUCUGGCCGAGUUUGCUGGCUCUGGGAACACUAAGCGGAGGUGCUUACUUGAGGGCUAUGAUACCAAACACGUCCGGCAGGAUAAUUCCAUUCUGAAGGUUUUGAUCAGCAUGCAGCUGAUGUCAGGGGACCCCUGCUUUAAAACACCCCCUUCAACAGCGAUGUAUAUAGGAAUACAAGGAGAAGCUGAACAUUUACAUGAAGAUCGGAAGGGAAGAGAUACACUUAAGCCUUUAUUUGGUAUUUCGGACCCCCCAGGAAAGUGUGCCUCGGUUCCAGAAGAACUUGGAGUGUGUGGUCACUCCAGAACAUCAAGCUAUGCUAGUCAGCAGUCUAAAGUAUCAGGGUACAGCACAGGGCACUCGCGCUCCUCGAGCCUGUGUGAGCUUUCCCACAGGAGGAACGCCUCUGUGGGCAGCGCAUCAACAGGGAUUGGGAGCAUACCUGAACCCAGUGGGGAGUGCUCCCCCAGGGCAGGACCUGCUGCUGCUGGGGCUGCUUCUGCUCCCAUGCCAGAGCACCUCACCCCAGUCAAGAGUGGAUCCUCCUCCGAGCGGCUCUGCAGGCAUGCAGCGAAGCAGGACUCUAUGGAGUCUCAGCUGAAGCGGGUCGAUGCCACCAGGGUUGAUGCCGAUGACGUUGUGGAGAAGAUUCUGCAGAGCCAGGACUUCACUCGCAGUCUGCUGGACUCCAGUGCAGAAGAAGAGGGAUUACGGUUGUUCGUGGGGCCAGGAGGAAGUACUGCUUUGGGGAGCCAUCAUCUACCCACAAGGGUUGGAGCAGGGGCUUAUGAACAAGUGGUGAUAAAGCGUUAGAAGAGAGAGGCCAGACAUUCAGAGAAGCAGUGACAUGGAAAUGAAAUCUCAAGGAAGGGGCAGAGGCAAGACUGUUGCGUUUCACUUCAUUCCAGCAACAGUUCCACAAUCCUUCAAUUUAAAGCCGAUGGGACCCACUGAAGAGCUACUACACACAGCCUGUAUAAGUGAUCACCUUAAGUCAGUGAAGUAGUAGCAUAGAUGUAGUAUUUAUUCUUGAUAUGUAGUGAAGGAGAAGAAGAAAAAUCAGAUCCAGAAAAAUUGAGUGUGUAUCGGGUUAUUCACAUUAUAAAGCUGCACAUAAGGAUGAGUUUAUUUUCAAAAGGAAUAUUGACAUUCUCCAUUUACCCAAGUGCUAUCAGUUACCAAGUUCAAUUUUUUUUUUUUACAAUUCAAGGCAAACAAAAACACCACCAAGGGAAAUGGUUGUAGCUUCAAUUGUUUUGUUUAAUAAUGAAUUUUGAUUUGUAGAUGCUUUUGGUCUAUAACUAUGGCGAAAAGUUUAGCAUCACCUAGAAUUUUAGGAUUGUUGUGACAUAAAAAAAUAACAACAAAAAAAACUAUAUGAA